AUGUCAUCUUCGUCUUACUGGGGCAAGGCAGCUCCGAAGCAGCAGUCUCGUUCACCCAGCCAAACAAGUGGAAGUGAUGACCCAGUCUUUGUGAGUCCUGAAAGCUCUGUUGCUUCUGGAAUGCCAAAGAAGCCAGAAACUACUCUUUUUGGUGACUCCAACACGCCUCAAAGAUCAACUCAGCAGGAGCAUCAAGCAACUUCUGCCUCUGAUGAGUCAUCAACUUCCUCUGGAAUGCCGCAAAAGCCAGAAGCAGCGAGGUUAGGCGGUACAGUAAAGCCUAAUUCAGAGCCUAACGCCGCCAAAAAACAGCAAUUCAAAAGACUCGAGCAAAUUUCUGGCGACGAAGAAGGCGAGCAAACCGGCAAUUCUCGAUUUAAAAAGCAAGUCGUCGAGGAGGAAGAACAACCAGCCGCUCUCCCUCGAGGUCAAAAACCGCCAAGAGCGAAUCAACGAAAAUAUCUUCCUCCGAGAAAUACCGAUGGAGAGGAACUUCGUCAACUUAGAGUGAGAAACCAAGAGCUCGAAAAUGAUUUGAGAAUGAAAGAACAACAGCUGAAAAACCAACAAGAAGAAUUUGAAGAGGAAAAAGCUGCGGAACACGAGGAUCUGUUGAACCAAGUUGAUGACUUGACCGAACAAUUGGACAAAAUAACGAUGGAAAGAAACGAUCUUGUUGCCGAAAACAACGACAUCAAGGAGCGCAACGAAACUCUCGACGCCGAGUACAAGCAAAUGGAACUCGAUCUCGCUGCAAAAGACGAAGAAAUAAAGCGAAUCCGAGCCCAAGUCCGUGAAGGACCAGUUAAGCGAGCCGAUCACAUCAAGCUCAAGAAUAACUACAAUGCUUUAAUCGACGAACUGGAGAAGCAAGAAGCUCGAAUCAGAAGCGAAAUGGUCUCAAAGGCGGAUUUUGCGGCGAUGGAGCAAAGCAAGGAAAACUACAAAAACAAGCUCAUCGAGAAAAACGAAGAAGUGGACCAGUAUCACAAAGAAAUGAAAGCUCAUGUUUCUGGAAUAAUGACUUCAAAGGAAAAUCAACAAAAGACCUAUCAAGAAUGCCUCAAAACGAUGGAACAAAACGAGCAGAAGUGGAGACGAGCGCUGGAAAAUUCUGAAAAUCGACAUCGCUAUUUUAUCAGCAGAAGCAAUGAGGCAGAAUAUGAGCUGAAUCGGGUGAAAACUGAGCUUCACUGGAAAAACCAAGAUCUUCAGUCGCUAAAUGGUCGAAUUCACGAGCAAGAUCGCGAAAUUUCCCGACUUUCCAGAGCCGAAGAAGACCUCCAUCGAAACAUCAAAGAACUGAUGACUAAGCAUGAAGACAUUGUUCAUCAAAAAAUGCAAGCAGAACAACAUCUUCAAGAUCAUGCUCAAAGAAACGAAGCUGAUCAGAAACGACUUCAAGAACUCAAAAGACAGCAAGAUGAAAUGGCGAGGCAAUUGCAAGUUGGACAGGAUGAACGAAAUAGGCUCAUGACGAGUCGCAAAAAUUUUGAAAAAAGAGUCAAAGACAAUGAAAAUCAAUUCAAAAACAAGCUCAAAGAGCAAGAAGAAAAACUCGAGACAUUUGAAGAACUUGAAGAAGGUACAGUUUGA